CCAACUUCAAAAAUUGCAAAAUGGCGUUAGAAAUUAGCAGUAAAAACAACGUCAUAAGUGAGAAAGAAAAUAAAGAGUCUAGUGAAAAUAAAAUCAUUGUACCAUCGUCAAAAUCUUCCCAGGGAAUAGUUAAAGACCCAAAUUUUGCUGUUGUUUGCUCUUUUAUUAAAAUAUUUGGACCAAUGCUGCACUUCAAAGAGCUUUCUAUUGCAACUCUCCAGCAUUUUUUUGACAAUCCAUCUGAAGAUAACCAUGAAGAUAUUCAAGCACUUUUCAUAAAAUUGUUACGAAGAGCUGGCUAUAGAGUAAUUCCAGAAAAGUGGGAAAAAGGCUUGCUGAAGUUUGUAAAAGAAUUUGAUGAGAAGAUAGCCUGGGACUUGCAUCAAUUUGGAUUUCAUAAACUUCUGGGUGCAGCAAAAUUGGCAAUUUUUAAACACUUACUUGAAUCUCAAUUUGACCACAAUGACAAAUUCAAGACUGCUGUCAACUGCGAUCUUUCACCAGUUGAUUUAAGACCUCACCCUUUGGGUAGUGAUAUUGAUGGUCUUAUAUACUGGUUUCAUGAGGAUGAAUUCUUGCAAAUCAGACUUUACUCAACAGAAGAAGAUGAAGUGGAUUGUGAAGCUUGGCAGGUUCUUGCAUGUGAAGUUGAAGAAAUAAUGGAUGUUAUAAAAUAUCUGGAAAUGAAAUCAAAAAAUAACCCCAAAGAUAUUGCACGGGAAAAGAAAGAAGAAAGAAAGAACAAACUGAAAAAAACAAAGAAAAAAAAAGGAAAACUGAGCAAAAAAGGGAAGUCAUUAAGUUGUGUUUCCGGUUCAGGCGAUGAUGAGAGCGAUGUUGAUGAUGAUAACCCUUGCGCAAGAUGUUUUUCAAGCGUUCAUCCUGAAUUGAUUCUUCUCUGUGACCAAUGCGAUGCUGCAUAUCAUACAGCGUGUUUACGUCCCCCACUUAUGAAUGUACCUGUUGGAGACUGGUUUUGUCCUUACUGUUGUACGUUAAUGCUUGUGGAAACGUUGAAAGGAAUUUACAGCAGGAUAUCCACUCGUAUUAAAGCUCGUAGCAGAGCCGCAAAUAGGCAAAAUGCUUGUGGUAUAAAUUUAUCCAACAUACGACAGUCAGGAAGAGUUAGGAAAACAGUCGAUUACACCUUCUCUGAUUUUGACCAGGAAAUUUUCGAAGCUGUUGACAGAUAUGGCAAAAAUAAAGGCAGACAUGAUCAAAUCCAGGCAGUUCCCGAGGCAGUGCGUCCUGUAAGACAGUCUAAACGUCGUCGAAUGCUGUGCAGCGACAGCGAUUCCGAUUCAAACUAUGAGCCUGGUAGUCCUAUGGUCAAUUCUCAAAUCCCUAAACAUCCUGAGCGACAUGUUUAUAUUAGACGUCAUGAAUUUUCAUUGGAGAAAGGUAGCAAUGGCAUAGAAUGUAACGAUAACAAAGGUUGUAAAAUCGACAAGAACGCUUGUAAUGCUGGUUUACAAAUUUUAAGAAAUGAUAAUUUUGGAUGCGCAACUUCUAUUACCGAAAUAGACAGAUAUGUAUCCACAGCUAUCGAUCGUAAGAUUACUUCAAAAACUGAAAUAUUGAAUGAAAAUGUGAAGUUCAAUGAAGACACGACAGAUAUUAUUGACUCAUUAGAGCUAGAAAAUUGUGUCAACGGGAAAACAACAGAAACUGACUGCAAAAUUAACAACGAUCAAUUAAGUUGUAAAUACAUAAAAUAACAAAGUGAUGUUUUAGUUUUGGUAAUCCAAUGUAAUUGUAAAUAUUUUUACUUGUAAACCAGGAAAAUAAAUAUGUUUAUUGAUGUUAUUUCGAGUUUUCGAC